ACUUCAUCCAAAAAAAAUGCAUUGCCAACUACAGAAAAAGGUUCCACACAGCGAUUCCCAAACGAAGUAACGAACCAGCACAACUCCUCUGGCCUUAAACCCCUAAACCCCAAAACCCACUCUCCCUUCAUGCUCACCCUCUAGCAACUCCAAAAUGAAAUCUUUGAGAGCCCUGAGGCUCCUCUCUUCCAAACCCACCAACACCACUCCAUCCCCAACCUUCCUCCUCCUCCGCCGCCGCCGCUUCUACGCCGCCCAACCCCAACAAUCCGAUCCCACCCACACCCCAUCCUCCUCAGAAUCCGACGCCGAAAACAGCUUCGACAGUACCCACUACGACUUACCCACCACCGCGUCGGAUUCCAAACCCCAAAACCCGAGUUGGGACGAGAAGUACAGAAGCAAAGCCGAUAGAUUGGUACCCGGGGAUGAGGCCCACAAAGCAAAGCUGAGGUUUUUGAAGGAGGAGGAGGACGAAAGGAAGCGGAGGCUGCUCGCUAAGGCGCUGCUUGAGGCGGCGCUGGAGAGGGGAGAUGAGGAGGAAUCGGACGGUGAGGAGGAGGUGGUCAAGGAGGAGGACCAGAAGUCGUUGACGGUUGGGAUUAUUGGGGCUCCCAAUGCCGGAAAGUCUGCGCUGACGAAUUACAUGGUUGGAACAAAGGUUUCUGCUGUUUCACGGAAGACAAACACAACUACUCAUGAAGUGUUGGGAGUUAUAACAGAAGGAGACACCCAAAUUUGUUUCUUUGAUACUCCAGGUCUUUCAAUAAACACCCGUGGAAUUCCGUACAAGGAUUUCAAGGUUCGUGUUGAAAGUGCUUGGAGCUCAGUUAAUUUAUAUGAUGUCCUCAUAGUUAUUUUUGACGUCCAUAGGCAUCUUACCAGACCUGAUGUAAGGGUUAUAAAAACGAUCAAACGCAUGGGAAUGGAGCCACACCCAACACAAAAGCGAGUUUUAUGUAUGAACAAGGUUGAUUUAGUUGAGAAGAAGAAAGACUUGUUAACGGUUGCUGAGCAAUUUAAAGAUCUUCCCGGGUAUGAAAGGCAUUUCAUGAUUUCAGGUCUGAAGGGCUUUGGAGUUAAAGAUCUUACUGAAUACUUGAUGCUUCAGGCAGUUAAAAGACCUUGGGAAGAAGACCCCUUCACCAUGAGCGAGGAAGUUUUGAAGAAUAUAUCACUAGAAGUUGUCCGAGAAAAGUUGUUAGACCAUAUACAUCAGGAAAUCCCAUAUGAUAUUGAUCAUCGUUUGAUAGACUGGAAGGAGUUGCGAGAUGGUUCUAUUCGGAUUGAACAGCAUUUCAUCACUCACAAACCAAGCCAACGCAAGAUUCUUGUAGGAAAGAGGGGGUCUAAAAUAGGGAGAAUCGGCAUGGAAGCCAAUGAAGAGCUAAGAUCCAUCUUCAAGAGGGAUGUGCAUCUCUUUCUCCUGGUUAGACUUAAAUGAUUCAUUAGCACACUGAGUCAGACGUCAAGAAGGGCUCCUUUUCAUGCCAUACUAUCUAGAAGUCAAAGCUAGUGAAGAACUAUGGUCCAUCACAAGAUACAAGAGCACCUUCCUUGUGACAUGCUUAGCAAAUAGUGUUGAAUGUCAAAAGUUGCACCCUUUCACACCCUGCAAGAGUACUGUACUCUUAUGCACUCAUCAACUUCAUGAAGGGGCUUUAAUGGCAGAAAAGCUUUUUGUUUUGGUAUUGAUGUUGGUGGCAAAUAAUACGAAGGCCCCAGUUACCAAGGGAACACACUAGUCCUGGGAGAAGAUACAGUAUCUAGUCUCUUGAUUUUUCUGUAGUUACUGACCUUUUUUUUUUUUUCUACUCUUUCAAUACUGUAUUUUACGUACCAGCAUAUAUAUGAAAGCGCUUAAGCAAGGUUCUUUCA